AUGGAGACGAUUCGAUUACUGAUUUCUCUAGCAGCUCAAAUGAAAUGGAAAAUCUAUCAACUCGAUGUUAAGUCGGCUUUUCUAAAUGGCUAUCUUGAAGAGGAGGUAUAUGUUGAGCAACCAAUGGAUUUUCUAGUUAAAGGCCAUGAGGAUAAAGUUUUAAAAUUGAGGAGAGCAUUAUAUGGUUUAAAACAAGCACCAAAUGCUUGGAAUACUCGCAUUAACAAGUAUUUCCAAGACAAUGGAUUUGUUUGUUGCCCUCAUGAGUACUCUCUUUAUGUUAAAUCAUAUAAGAAUGAAGAUUUGUUACUUGUUUACCUUUAUGUGGAUGAUCUUAUCUUCACCGGUAAUAAUCAAAGAUUGUUUGAAGAAUUUAAGAAAGCUAUGUCACAAGAGUUUGAGAUGACGAACAUUGGACUUAUGUCAUACUAUUUGGGCUUGGAGGUGAAGCAAACACAAGGCAGAAUUUUUAUUUCACAAAAAAGCUAUGCAAGAGAAAUAUUGAAAAAAUUCAACAUGCUUGACUGCAAUCCUGUUAGCACACCUAUGGAAUGUGGAAUAAAAUUGUCAAAGUUCGAUGAAGGAUUUGGAAUGUUAAGUCGUUUCAUGGAAGCUCCUACUUUUGUCCACAUGAAAACUGCUAAAAGAAUACUUUGUUAUCUUAAAGGAACAAUUGAUUAUAGGUUAUUCUAUUCUUCAGUAGUUGAUUUCAAGCUUAUUGGAUUUUGUGAUAGUGAUUUUGUAGGAGAUGUUGAUGAUAGAAAGAACACUACUAGUUUUCUAAGGAGUUUAUUGAGGGAACUCUACUUACCACAAAAGGAAGCAACUGAAAUUUGUAUUGAUAACAAAUCUGCACAAGCAUUGGCCAAAAACCCGGUUUUCCAUGAUCAUAGCAAACAUAUUGACACAAGGAUUUUGAUAUCUGAGUCAGGAGGAUGGAAGAAUUUGGCUUAUCUGAAUCUUGCCCAAAAUUUUCUGACAUACAUAGAGCACCAUCCAUGGAGGAAUAUUGUAACUCUUAAUGUUUCAAACAACAUGCUCCAAGGAACACUUUUAGUUCCACCACCUAAAACUGAAACUUUGCUGCUUUCGAAUAAUCAAUUGACUGGGCUGAUUCCUCCAUCCAUCUGCAAUUUGAGUUCCCUUAUGUAUCUUUCCUUGUCUGACAACAAUCUGAAUGGAAGAUUUCCACACUGUUUUGGAAGCUUUGUACGUAUUGUUAGGUUGCACUUGAAGAAGAAUGAUCUUCAUGGUAGCAUUCCUGAUACAUUUGCAAAUUUAAGCUCCUUGACGAGUCUUGAUCUUAAUGGUAACAAGUUGGAAAGGCGUUUACCAAAAUCCUUGGUAAAUUGUAGUUUUCUGGAGGUUAUCAAUGUAGGAAAUAACAAGAUAAGUGAUGAAUUUCCUUACUGGUUGCAAACUCUUCCAGAGCUGAGAGUUGUUGUCUUGAGGUCUAAUAGAUUUCAUGGUCCCAUACAGUAUCCCAAAUCUUUAUUCCAUUUCUACAAUUUGCAGAUUCUAGACCUUUCUCACAAUGAAUUCAAAGGUUUUCUGCCCGCAAAAUUGUUUCAAAACUUGGGAGCUAUGAUGCAUUUUGCUAAUAAUGAAACUGAGGCCCGGUAUAUUGGAGAUGCUUAUUACAAAGAUUCUGUAGUUUUGACAAUGAAAGGGCUGGACUUUGAAAUGACCAGAAUCAUAACAAUCUUUACGUCUAUUGAUCUCUCGCACAAUAAUUUUCAGGGAGAGAUUCCAGGAAUUCUUGAAAAUUUCAAAUCACUCAUAGUCCUCAAUCUUGCUCAUAAUAGUCUAACAGGAAAAAUACUAUCUGCAUUGGCGAAUUUAAAAGCUCUUGAAUCAUUAGAUCUCUCUUCAAACAAGCUUUAUGGAAGGAUUCCUGCACAAUUGGAAAGGCUUACAUUCCUCUCAUUAUUAAAUCUUUCCCAUAAUCAACUUUCAGAACCCAUCCCUCAAGGCUAA